CUUAGGCAGCUCCAGGGGCGGCAGCUGCGAGCCUAAAAAAGGUUUUUUUUUCAACCCUCCUUCACUUCUGCAGCGGCAAAGGAAUUGGGGAAAAUCCGCUUUUCCCGUAUUCCGUUCCUGCGGGGUGUGUGGGAAGCAGAACUCGGCGGGGCUGGGUCACAUUUAAAGCAGAACUGAAUUAUAUUUUUCCAGUUUUUUUUUUUUUCCAGUUGUUUCCUGGUUCUGUGGGUACUUUGAGAGUGCCAUAAAUUAUCAGGUGAAGGAGUUGUUGGUUGAGGUGGUGUCCGGAGCGUUUUUUCCUCGGUGGGGUGGGAAUUGGCUCCCACCGGGCUCCCAAACACGUUGUGGUGUGCUGACAAGAAUAACAAUUAGCUGAGCGUGCAGCAGAGUGUUAACUGGGACCUGAAAUCCCAAGCAGAGCCUGUUCAGGUCAGUGCCAUCCUCAAUUCCCGGUUUCCCUGGGCAGUGCUCCGGGCUCCGGGACGUUUCCCUGGCUCAGGGGCUGCUCCGCGCCCUCUCUGCUCCUUCCUCCCGCAUUCCUAAAUCCCAAACCUUCCCAGGUGUUUUUUGUGCUCGUGCUGACAGCUCAGAACUGCGCUCCUGGCAGCUCCUGCGUGGCAUUCCUGACGAAUGUUAAUCGGGAUUUAAUUCCUGGAUGGGUCCAGAGGGAAGGGAAAUUUGGGGAGGAUGGAAGAGUGGCAGGUUCGGAGCUGUGCAGAGGAAGAUGCAGGACGGACACUGAAUUCUGGAUGUGUCCUGGUGUUACCCUGCGUUGUGUGGGAACAUUUUUAUUAUUAAAGGAAUUUUUCCUUGGUUUUAUACGAAAGGAAGUUCGUGAACAAAUUCAGAAUCCCCCCUCUGUGCCUCAGCUCCCCUCUUGCACAGGUGAGAGUCCCCUCUGCUGUGGGUUCCUGCAGGAUUUUUCUGUCAUAGACCUCUUUUAAAAUAGAAAUUAAAAAAGAAACCCACGGUAAAAAAAUCAUGGGGAAGUCUGAAUGGAGUGAGGAGGAGCAGUUCCAGGAGGCACCUCAGAGCCUGUCAGCCCCAGGAGCAGGGAUGGGGACAGCCCUCAAAAUCCUCCCACCUCGCAGGAAUAUUGCAGGGAGCUGUGAAAGAGUGGAAAACUCAGGGGGGGGAAACAUCCCAGGCAGGAAUAAUUCCCGUUUCAGAGAGGGGAAGAGGGGGCUGAACACAUUAAAUCCUUCCCUGCCUUAGGGGCUGAAGUGGAACACGGAAUUAGAGGAUGGAAAUAGGGGGGAAAAAAAACGUCCUUUAAAAGCGAUGCCGUGACUUCGUUUUUAACUUAGAGCAGGACAAAAGCGAUUUCAAGCCCCUGAGGGAGGAUGUGGGCUUACACCGUGGGCUUCACCGUCCUGCCCCACGUCGGAGGAUUCCUCGGCUGGUUCCUCAACCGGAAAGAAAUCCCAGCGUGGUACGAAAAGCUGAAAAAACCUUCCUGGUGCCCGUCGCGCAAAGUGUUCCCGGUGGCCUGGACCAUGCUGUACACGGGCAUGGGCUACGCCUCCUACCUGGUGUGGAACGACCUGGGUGGCUGCAGUGGCAAGGCCAUCGUGCCCCUGGGGCUCUACGGGGCACAGCUGGUGCUCAACUGGGCAUGGCCCCCCUUGUUCUUCGGUGCCCGCAACCUGAACAUGUGGCCACAGCUCGGUCCCAGAGUCCUGGGGAAGAUGGCAGAAAAGCAGGAGGAGCCCAGCAAUGCCCAGAACGGGGAACCCGACAAUGCUGAGGAGGGAGAGGGGAAGAAGAAGAAGGUGAAGAGGGAAGACCUGCCACCCUUUGAGAUCGUGACAGGGGAACGUCUCCCAGCCAUCUUCUUCAAAUUCCAGUUCAGGAACGUGGAAUACAGCUCGGGCAGGAACAAAACCUUCCUGUGCUACGUGGUGGAGACGCAGGGCAAGGAGCCGGCGACGAGCCGCGGCUACCUGGAGGACGAGCACGCGGCCGCCCACGCCGAGAUGGCUUUUUUCAACACCAUCCUGCCCACGUGCCAGGCAGGUGCUCGCCACGACGUCACCUGGUACGUGUCCUCCAGCCCCUGUGUCACCUGCGCCCAGAGGAUCUGCGAGGCCCUGCGCAAGAACAAGGGGCUGCGCCUCACCAUCAUGGUGGGCAGGCUCUUCAUGUGGGACGAGCCCGAGAUGCAGGCGGCCCUCAGGAGCAUGAAGGAGGCCGGAUGCAAGUUGAGGAUUAUGAAGCCUCAAGACUUUGAGUAUGUCUGGAAGAACUUUGUGGAGCAGGAGGAAGGGGAGGAGGCCAAGUCCUUUGUGCCCUGGGAGGAUAUUCAGGAGAAUUUCCUGUACUAUGAGGAGAAGCUGGCUGAGAUCUUGCACUGAGGUUC